CAGGGAAGUCCCGCCCCUCUGACCCGGCCUCCGGGUUGCCCCAAGGCUACCACCGCGCCUUCGCGUCCCGGGACCCGGUCCUGAGGAAGGCGGGAGGGCGCCGAGGCGGGAGGGCCAUGCCCUGGUCGCCCCGCGCCGCUCUCCUCCGGGACCUGGUCUUGGGCGUGCUGGGCACCGCCGCCUUCCUGCUCGACCUGGGCACCGACCUGUGGGCCGCCGGGCAGUACGCGCUCCGCGGCCGCUACCUGUGGGCCGCGCUGGUGCUGGCGCUGCUGGGCCUCGCCUCGGCCGCGCUGCAGCUCUUCAGCUGGGUCUGGCUGCGCGCCGACCCCGCCGGCCUGCACGGCCCGCAGCCCCCCGGCCGCUGCCUGGCGCUGCUGCACGUCCUGCAGCUCGGCUACCUGUACAGGUGCCUGCAGGGGCUAUGGCAGGGGCUGUUGGUGUGGCAGCAGGCGACGCCCUCCGAAUUCGACUUGGCCUACUCUGACUUCCUCUCCCUGGACAUCAGCAUGCUGCGGCUCUUUGAGACCUUCUUGGAGACGACGCCACAGCUCACACUGGUGCUGGCCAUCAUCCUGCAGAGCGGCCAGGCUGAGUACUACCAGUGGCUUGGGGUUGGCACGUCCUUCGUGAGCAUCUCAUGGGCACUGUUGGACUACCACCGGGCCCUGCGUACCUGCCUUCCUGCCAAAUCCCGCCUGGGCUGGACUGCUGCUGCCAUCUACUUCCUGUGGAACCUGCUGCUGCUGUGCCCCCGACUCCUGGCUGUGGCCCUGUUCUCAGCCCUCUUCCCCCAGUACAUAGCCUUGCACUUCCUGGGCUUAUGGUUGGUGCUGCUGCUCUGGGUCUGGCUUCAGCGGACAGACUUUAUGCCGGGUCCUGCCUCUGAGUGGCUAUACCGGGCGACAGUGGCCACCAUCCUCUAUUUUUCUUGGUUCAAUGUGUCUGACGGCCACACUCGAGGCCGGGCCACCAUCCACCUGGUAUUCCUCCUGAGUGACAGUAUUCUACUGGUGGUCACCUGGGUGAUUUAUGGCCCCUGGCUGCCCACUGAGGUCUCAUUACACAUGUGGCUAGCUGUGGGAGGCAUCAGCUUCCUUGUGGGUCUGGCUUUGCGCCUUGGCUACUACCACUGGCUGCACCCUAGCUGCCGCUGGGAGCCUGAUCCAGUGGACAGAACUCGGGUGGAUGGGCCCCGGAGUUUAUCUCCUUGCCAAAGUCAUCAGCUGCUUGGGAACAGACGCAUGACUCACUUGGCUCAGAAUUUUUUCCCUAAAGCUAAGGAUAAAGGUGUUUUGCCAGGGAAGGGAAAGGUAAAUGGGGUCCUUUAGGCAGCACAGACCCAAUGACGGGUUCACCGUGUGAACAAGAUGAGAAGGGCUAGCAUUAGAGGGUCAGUGGUGCCAAUUACAUACAAGCCACGUUGGCAGGAAUGAAGACUUUUCUCAACCAGUACAGCUGGUGCACCCAGAACUUCCCAUUGUUGGUAUUUUCACCACCCUGGCCAGGCACCUUUCAAGUGGUGGAAGUUCUGUCCUAUCCUUUGCUUCCUCUAUGCCAGGCUAAAAGGCCCCAGGAGUUUUCCAGACUCCUUCCCUGUCCUACCCCAUUCAUUUAAUUUAUUAACAAAUGUUUACUGAAAGCACUAUGUGCUACGAAUAGCAUUGUAAUCUUGGCACCAGUGCCGCUCUAGCUUCAUCCCUACCCAAUCAAACCAGUUCUGGGUAGGAGUUAAAAGGCUGGAAGCCAGAACACCCAACUCUAGGUAGCCUGUCAGCAGCUCCAGGGUCUUCAUGCUGCUGGCCCAGCUCUGCACCUGUUCUCUAGAGGCUGUCUUUCAACCAAGUGCCUUGUGGGCCUGCAGUCUGGGCCAUGCACAGCCUGUUGGGUAUUUUUACUCUAGCCAAUAUACCUUCUACCUCAGAGUCCAUUUAGAUGGAAGAAUGUGUCACUGCAAGUGAGGACACAUGUGGCACAUGUUUGACAGUAUUAUAAGGUUAUUAAAACCUCACAAAAUCCAA